AUGGUCCGCCGACGCUCCUCCAAGUCAAAAGACACAAAAUCGGGCCCGCGGCCCGUCCACAAGAAAGACGGAAAGAUAAAGCGGUGGAACAAGCCCUCCGACAUCCCUCUAGACGAGGAAGACCACUUCCAUGCAUCUAGAGACCACAUAUUGCUCGAUGGGGACGAUGGUGCUCAGGACGACGAUGACGACGGAGAGGAGGAAGUUUUUGCUCUGAAUGGAAUGCCGCAGUCUGACUCUGAGCAGUCGGAAGAGGAAGAGGACGAGGACGGCGAGGACGAGGAUGUGGAUAUGGAGGACGCGGAGGAUUCGCAACCCCCACAGAAAAAGGCAGCCAAGGCGAAGGGUAAACAUGCGUCUCGCCAGGACCUCGCCAAGGACGCCGCUUCAGACAAAUCCGACGAUGAGGACGAGGAGGAAGGCUGGGGCCACAAAAAAUCGGCGUACUAUUCGACCAACGCCGAGGAGCCGGACUCUGAAGACGACGAGGCGAACGAGCUGGAGGAGCAGGAGGCGCGCCGGCUGCAGUCGAAGUCCAGGGACGUCAUGAACGAAGACGAUUUCGGGAUGGGGGAUGUAGCGGAGCCAGACUUGCUGGACGACCCCAUAGAGGACAUCCUCGCCGACGCCCCGCCCAAAGUUGAGACGCAGCCGUUGCCGAAGGACAAGGCAUCCAUCCUCCGCCACUUGGAGAAAACAAGCCCAGAGACCCUGGCGCUGGCUAACGACUGGGACGAUGUUGCCCACAAACUUCUUCGCUCGCAGGAGAAGCUCAAACAGCUCGAGUCGGACGAGCCCGACUCACUCAGUCUCGGCAUGGUGCAUCUACACUAUCAAACCCUCCUGACAUACGCGACCACCCUCGCAUUCUACCUCCACCUCCGCGCGGGCGAGAAGUACGCCCAGCGCCCCGAGCUCCUCCGCGCGCACCCCGUCUUCGCGCGCCUGCUCCAGCUCAAGCAGGCGCUCUCCACACUCGAAGACCUCGACUUUGACCUCUCCAGCUCGGACGCGGGCUCGGGCGACGAGGACUACGACGACGACGAGGACCUGUACAUCGACGACGACGAGUUCAGCGACCUCAUGGACGAAGACGGCGGCCCCGGCCCUGGCGAGCGCGCGGGCGCGUUCGGAUCGGGCCGUGGGGCUCUCAAGCGGGACUUCGAGCACCUCACGCGGAUCUUGCGGGAGGCCGAGGAAGACGCCGCCUCCGCAACGCUUAACGGCCCCGAGCGCGCGCACCCGAAAAAGAAGGACGGCAAGGCGAAGAGCAGGUCCGAUCUCGCGCGCGGCGGCGGCGGCUCCGAGCCCCCCGCCGGCGGCCCCCCGAAGAAGAAGCGCAAGACGGACAAGGCGUCCGCGGCGCGCGUCUUCGACCUCGUCGAGCCCGAGUUCGUCUCCUCCGUCAAGAAGAGCGGCACCGCCGGCGGGUCGUCUGCGGACGGCGCCGCGGACGCGUACGGCGAUGCCGCGGCGCUCGCGGCGGCGGACGCGGAGGACAAGUCCGCGCGGCGCAAGACGCUGCGCUUCCACACGGCGAAGAUCGAGAGCGCGAGCGCGCGGCGGCGGGGGGCGCGCGCGGCGCUGGGCGGGGACGACGACGUGCCGUAUCGGGAGCGGAGGCAGGCGCGUGAGGCGCGCGCGGCGAGGGAGGCGGCGGCGCGCGGGUUGGGCACGGGCGGGGCGGAUCUGGACGGGGAGGAACCGCAGCCGAGGAAGCGGGACGAGGACGGCGACGGCGACGGCGACGGAAGUGCAGAGGAGGAGGCGGUGGACGGGUACUACGACCUCGUCCAGCGGAAGAAGAAGGAGCGCAAGGAGGAAAAACAGGCAGCCUACGACGCCGCCAAGGCCGCGUCGAUGCCCUCACUCGACGACGACGCCGAGGCGGGCGGGCCCCGGGCGCUGACGCGCGCGAUACUGAAGAACCGCGGGCUGACGCCGCACCGCUCGAAGAGCGUGCGCAACCCGCGCGUGAAGAAGCGGCAGAAGUUCGACAAGGCGAAGAAGGUGCUCGCCUCGCAGAAGGCCGUCUUCAAGGGCGGCGACGCGAGCCGGUACGAGGGCGAGCGGACGGGCAUAUCGACCGUCGUCAAGAGCGUGCGGUUCUGA